GUGUGCGAAGGGGACGGAAGGACGACUGGCGAAUGUUGCUCGCGCUGUUCAUUGUGCUGAAGAGGCGGGACGGUGAGAGGCUGAGGACCGACUGGCUGGACGCCGACAUGCGGGGAAAGUCGAGCUUCUCUCACUGGAACGUGUCGAAUGUCGCUUCCUUGCUCUUUUGGCCCAUUUUGAGCCUGUCGGCACCCGGUGCAGCGAGCUCCCAGCCGGCGAUCCCUCCCUCCCAAGUCAGGCUGUGGGCCGCAGCUUUUGGAGGCGAAAUCAGAUCCAUCGCGGUGAAAUUCUCAGGCUCCCACCUCCUGCGCCAGAAAUACAAGGAGCGUGAGAAAUCCGUUUGUGUUGAAGAAAUGGAUGGUGCGAAGCUUGUCGAUCAGUUGGCAGGAAACAUGGCGAAGAUGUUCCACAGAAAAGCAGAAGCUGUGCGGCGCCUGGUGAAAGCUGCUGAGGACGCCCAUCUAUGGCAUGAGGAGGAUCCUGGUCUGCAGUUUGACUACUUCAAUGCUGCGCUCGUCAAUGAGGGGAAAAACCUGGAACUCAGUCAGGAGCUCAUUCUUCAACCCAGUGAACAUUUCCACAACCUAGCGGUGAACUUCAGUCUGAGUGUGGUUCAAGUCCCCACCAAUACGUACAACAAAGACUCGGCCGUACUGAACGGCGUCUUCUGGUCAGAGGCGCUCAACAAGGUGUUUGUGGAUAAUUUUGGGCGGGACCCGUCGCUCGGCUGGCAGUACUUCGGGAGCGCGAAGGGAUUCUUCAGACAGUAUCCGGGUGUGAAGUGGCAUCCGGACGAGAACGGACUCAUCGACUUUGACUGCAGGAACCGCAAAUGGUACAUCCAGGCGGCCGCAUCCCCGAAGGAUGUCGUGGUGCUGGUGGACGUCAGCGGGAGCAUGAAGGGACUGCAUCUGACCAUGGCUCGGCACACCGUCUCCUCCAUCCUGGACACCCUUGGCGAUGACGACUUUUUCAACAUCCUCACAUACAACCACGAGAUUCACUACGUGGAGCCAUGUCUCAAUGGGACGCUGGUACAGGCUCACAAGACAAAUAAAGAUCACUUCCGUGAGCUUCUGGACAAGCUGUCUGCUAAAGGCACUGGUCGGCUGGGCGAUGCCUUAAGGGAGGCCUUCGCUCUGCUCAAGGAGUUCCACCAGAGCGGUCGAGGGACCUGCUGCACUCAGGCCGUCAUGCUGGUCACAGACGGGGCGACGGAAACGUAUGACACGGUUUUUGAGAAGUUCAACUGGCCUCAGAGAAAGGUUCGCGUCUUCCCGUAUCUCAUUGGACGGGAGGCGGCCUUCGCCGACAACCUCAAGCGGAUGGCCUGUGCGAAUAAAGGCUACUUCACCCAGAUAAGCACUCUGGCGGAUGUGCAAGAGAACGUCAUGAAGUACCUGCACGUGCUGAGUCGGCCCAAAGUCAUCGACGAGGAGCGCGACGCCGUGUGGACGGAGGCCUACGUGGACAGCAUUCUCCCACAGGCACAGAAGCCCGAGGAGAACCACAGUCCAGUCCUCGUGACAACGGUGGCCAUGCCUGUAUUCAGCACUAAGAAGGAGACGAAGAAGCAGGGUGUCCUCGUGGGCGUGGCCGGCACAGAUGUACCUGUGCAGGACCUUCUGAGGGCUUUUCCCAAGCACAAGCUGGGGGUUCAUGGGUACGUGUUUGCUGUCACCAACAACGGGUACGUCCUGACCCACCCAGAGCUGCGGCCGCUGUUCCAAAAUGGGAAGAAGAGCAGGAAGCCAGACUACAGCAGUGUGGACCUUUCUGAAGUGGAGAGAGACGACAAAGAGCACUUUCUCCGCACUGCUAUGGUUAACAGGAGCACUGGAACUUUUUCCAUGGAGGUGAAGCAGAUGGUGGAUAAAGGGAAGCGCCUCUUGUCUCUGCACAACGACUACUACUACACACACAUUGAAGGGACACCGUUCAGUCUAGGUGUGGUGCUCUCCAGGGGACGCGGCAAGUACGUCCUCCGAGGAAAUGCGACUCGGGAAGAAGGUCUGCAUGACCUGGAGCAUCCCGACGUGGCGCUGGCGCGUGGCUGGACGUACUGCGACACCUCCGAGAGCCAAGAGCAUCGACACCUGUCCCAGAUGGAAGCCGUCCGCUUGUUCCUGAGCGAACCCCAGCCGCGCCUCAAGUGUGACAGGGAGCUCGUUCAGGAAGUGCUCUUCGACGCUGUGGUGACGGCCCCUCUGGAGGCGUACUGGACCAGCGUGGCCCUCAACAAGUCUCAGAACUCGGAGGGGGGCGUCGAGAUCGCCUUCCUGGCGACUCGCACGGGACUGCGCAGGACCGGCCUCUUGGUGCUUCCGGAGCAGCUGAGCAGUCGAGAAUUUCUGGCAGCGGACGACGAGGAGGACGCCUUCAGCGCCGACCGCUUUCCGCUGUGGUACAGGAGAGCCGCCGAGCAGCUCCCCGGUACCUUCACCUACUCCAUCCCCUUCAGCACAGGGUCGGGCCCCAGCACUACUGUCCUAGCGAGCACCGCCAUCCAGCUCCAUGACGGCACAAAGUCCCCAACCGUCGCUGCUCUGGGAAUUCAGAUGAACCUGGGAUUCUUCCAAAGAAAGUUCUGGACGGCCUGCCGACAGUGUGCUGCUCUGGAUGGAAAGUGCUCUGUCAGCUGCGACAGCCCGAGUCUCAGCUGCUAUGUCAUCGACAACAACGGCUUCGUCCUCGUGUCGCGACACCCGUCCCGGACCGGCUUGUUCUUCGGGGAGGUCGAGGCAGCCGUGAUGAACCAGCUACUCCUCACGGGCUCCUUCAAAAGGAUCGCGCUGCACAACCGUCAGGCGAUGUGUAAAAUAACUUCUGAAAGCAGCGACGGCCCACGAAGUUUCUUCGACCCCUAUUUCGCUGUCUUGGGUACCGUGAAGUGGCUGCUUGGUGAACUCGUCGUAUCCCUCCUGGAGUUUUCCCUGCACGGCUGGUGGCAUCCUCAUCUCACAGCCAAAGCACAAAGGCUGGCGAAGAGUAAAACGACGCUGGUGCCCUGUGACGUGGAGCACCCUGCCUUUGUGUCCGAGUGCGCCGUCGAGGAGACGACCGGCACCGCUGAGUGCGACGGCUGCGGGAGAUCCUUCAUCGUUCAGCGCAUUCCCAGCAGCAACCUCUACCUGGUGGUGGUGGAGGACCAGUGUGACUGCAGCGCCACCCCACCGGUAACCUUGGAACCCACUCAGCUCAUUUACAACGGAUCUCUCAGAUGUGACCGCCUGAAAUCGCCGAAUGACAGGAGACGGCCAGAUUCCUGCCACCCGUUCCACCCUGAGGAGGACGCGCUGGACUGCGGCAGCGCCCUCGGCCUGUCUCCCAUGCCGCUGCUGACCUCGCUCGCCCUGCUUCUCGCCCCAGCUGUGCCUCUGCUCACCAGCUGACCUGCGGACCCCCCAGGAAGGCUUCGACACGUCGAAAUGGACAGGAUUAUUCGGAGCAGAACGCGUUGUGCGACGAGUUGGGAAACCGAACGGCACGGGGUGGUGUAGUAGUAAGAGCCUCCACCUUGUACUCAAAGGACCCAGAUCUGAAUCCCUGCUGCUGCCCUCCAACCUUUGGACAAGGUGCUCACGCUGAAUUUAAGCAGUUGGAGUACUCCGACGUGUAAAGGAGUAAACAGCUGUAAGCAGCUUAACAAACCCAGUACUCGCUGGACUGAGAGAGUAGUAACCCUAGAGCCCACAUGUAGCUGUCAAUCCCUAUACAGUCUGUGUAGUUCCUCUACAUCUUGAUUACAGUGCAGAGCUCAUGUAGCUUCCAUUUACAUGUAUUUAUCUAUCAGACACUUUACUCCAAAGCGACUUCCAGUGAACUCUGUGUAG